UGGAAGACAGAACAGGGAGGAGAGAGCCCGCGUGUGUCAGUGCGCCGAAGGACGAGGGAGAAGCUGCUGAGAGAACGACGCUGGGAAACCUCCCCACCGAAUCAACGCUGUGCUCGAGGGCGGCUGUGGAGCGGCGCUGUCUGACCGAGGCUCGCAGUGUGCGUCUCGCUUUCGUCGCUACAAGCUUCACCGGACGUCGUUUGCAUGAAACUGUGGCCAGAUAAAAGCAGUGGAUGCAGCUCUGCUCCAUCCGUGGAAGACAGGUGGAUGAGCGGUUCAGUCCGUGAAGAGGACAAGCCAAGCAGGGAGGCGUACACCCCGGAGAAGAUCUCCCCCAAGUCCAGACUGAAACGCAACAUGUCCCUCAGCACCCUCCAGCUCAUGCAGACCCUGAAGAACUCCCCCGCUGCCCUGCGGCGUCGCUUCCGCCGGGACCGCACCGAGUCCCUGUCGCACGGCGACCCACUCUUCAAAGUCCAUUACCUUGGCACAGAGAAGAUCUUCUCUCUGGACAGAGAGCAGGCACAGGAUGCCAUAAGCCACCUGUUGGAAGGGAUCGCCAACGGGAAGAAGCUGAGCAAAGAUCACGCCCUCGUGGUGCGGCCCAGAUACGUGGAGGUGAAGGAGCUGAGCACGGGCCGGCAGCUCACCAAGACGUACCUGCAGGACAUUGCGUACUGCGCGGCAGACGCCAACAGACCCAACGUCUUCUUGUACAUCUGCAAGCAUCACGGGCAGCAGCUGCAGUGUCGAGUGUUCUGGUGCAGCCGGGCUGAGAGGGCGAAGGACAUGACCGCCUGUCUGGCGCAUUCCUUCCAGCGGGCGCUCAGCGAUUGGCAGCAGGACGGCUUGGCCACGCUGCCCGGGGACGUCAAGACCAAAACUUUGGAGGAGUCCUUCAACUCUCCGGUCAACACCAAGAGCUCCACACUUCCUGCCAGUCUAGGAAAAGUUCGAUGGAAGAAAAGAGGCUCGGUGUCUCGGAGCCCCAUCAAGGUCAGGAGAGGAUCGACCUCAGACAGCUGGAACUGAGCUGCUGCUUUGACUCAUAACGGACAACUGACGACGACCUCACUGGCACCGAUGUGACUGGAUGGACAGACGGGACUGGACGACUCUGGAGUUUUUGGUGGCAUUCAGACGCCGACUCAGCUGAUGGUGGAGAGGCACAGCUGUCACCGGAACUCGGGACUUGGCUGAGGACAGUAUGUUUGACACGUUGUGUUCUCUGAACUGGAAAAAAGAUGACAGCAGUCUUACUUUCACAAGAUUUUGAUGUGAUCUUUUUAACCUUACCGCACGUGGCGGCUCAUGUUCCCCUCUGGCAGAGGGCUGAAGAUGUGCGUCUCUGUUAGGAUUUUAUUGAGAGCCCACACAGAAGCUAACUGCAACACUUUAUUGAACGUCGCUGACACUCACUUGGGAGCACAUUGAGAAGUUGGAGCACAUCAAAGAGGUCUCUUCUGAUAACAAAGUCAAUACACGCUCAUCCAUCCACGUGGACAAAUGGCCAGCCAUGACUCUGCGAUUCGGUCCUGAACACAGGAACGCUGUGUUCCCUCGACAUGAAAUAUGUGGCCAUGCACCUGCAUUCCAACCUAGGGGCUGGAGACUCUUCCUCCCCUGCUGCUUCCAAACGUGACACUGCAUUGUGAGCAGCGGCUGGUGUGUGCUUUUCACUUUACUUGUUCAGAAGCUAUAAAAUGUGCUGUGAAUGCUUAAGCAGACUCAACGGACGAGCAAGUGCCAUAUUGUGUGACGGCCUUCCUUCGCAGAGUUUCUUGUCUACCGGUUUACAGGCGUCACGUGGUUCACCUCGGGAAUACCAUUUGUGUGUUAGGACCAUGGUGAAUAUUCUAGAUUUUAAACGGGGAACACGUCUUUCAACAGUGGCGCCACUACUUUUUUUUUUUUUUUAAACUGUAUUUAUGAUGCAUCUCAUCGACUACAAAAGCACAGUUGAAGUGCCUGCUUUAUUUUAUCCUUGUGAUGUUUUUGGUGUCGUUGUGUACAUACUUAAAUAUGUAUUUUAUGAACUAUUAAAGCUUUUUAUACAAGAUGCUUUGGA